CGAGCCCGGGACAGGGACCCGGCCGAGCGGAGCUGUCGCGCCAGCGCUGCGCCGCCAGCCCGCGCGCCUAGCGGAUCGGAGCUGUGCGCGAAACUGUCCUGCCCCGCCCCGCUCCACCCGCGAGGGAAGCUGAGAUCUUGUCCUGGAGCCUGAGGGUCUCCAAAGAGCUGGCUGGUGGAACUUCUCUGCCCUCUGCCCUCCACCGUCCUUUCUCCAGAGCUCCAGCUCUUUCCCCGAGAGGUACCUGUUAGGAUGGAGGAGGCUGGCCAGAACAGAGAGAAUCCUGCCCAGAUGCCGUUCAGGUGGCCCGAGGCAGCCGGGAUGACAGCUCUCCCCAGGAACACUGCUACCUGCUGAGAAACAUGAUCAGCAAGUCCCCUCCUCUGUGCGUGUGCCCUGCAGGCUGGAAGCUCCUGGCCAUGCUGGCUCUGGUCCUGGUCGUCAUGGUGUGGUACUCCAUCUCCCGAGAAGACAGGUACAUCGAGCUUUUUUAUUUUCCCAUCCCUGAGAAGAAGGAGCCAUGCCUUCAGGGCGAGGCGGAGAGGAAGGCCUCUAAGCUCUUUGGCAACUACUCCCAAGAUCAGCCCAUCUUCCUGCAGCUUAAGGAUUAUUUCUGGGUCAAGACACCAUCUGCCUAUGAGUUGCCUUACGGGACCAAAGGAAGUGAAGACCUGCUCCUCCGGGUCCUAGCCAUCACCAGCUACUCCAUUCCAGAGAGCAUCCAGAGUCUCAAGUGCCGCCGCUGCGUGGUGGUGGGGAACGGGCACCGGCUGCGCAACAGCUCACUGGGAGAUGCCAUCAACAAGUAUGACGUGGUCAUCAGAUUGAAUAAUGCCCCAGUGGCUGGCUUCGAGGGUGAUGUGGGCUCCAAGACCACCAUGCGUCUCUUCUACCCUGAAUCUGCCCACUUCAACCCCAAAGUGGAGAACAACCCAGACACACUCCUUGUCCUGGUGGCUUUCAAGGCAAUGGACUUCCACUGGAUUGAGACCAUCCUGAGUGAUAAGAAACGAGUGCGCAAGGGCUUCUGGAAGCAGCCUCCCCUCAUCUGGGACGUCAACCCCAAACAGAUUCGGAUCCUCAACCCCUUCUUCAUGCAGAUAGCAGCUGACAGACUGCUGAGCCUGCCCAUGCACCAGCCACGAAAGAUUAAGCAGAAGCCCACCACCGGACUGUUGGCCAUCACCCUGGCCCUCCACCUCUGUGACUUGGUGCACAUUGCUGGCUUUGGCUACCCGGACAUCCACAACAAGAAGCAGACCAUUCACUACUAUGAGCAGAUCACGCUCAAGUCCAUGGCGGUCUCCAGAAUUGUGACAGCCCUGCCGGUUGUCUGUCUCCACGCGCUUUGUUCUCCAUCCUCCUGGGCCCUGCUUAGCUGCCAGCUGGGCUUCCCGCCACCCCCGCAGCUGCUCCUUCACAUCUGGAGCCAGAAGGGAGAGCAGGAACUCCCCCCUAGGGGAGUCUUGCAACUGUGUCCCUGGCUUUCUCGGAAAGAGUUGCAGCCUUGACGUUUUGAGACAGCUAGGUUGGGACAGGGCAGAUAACGAGGGGCAGAGAUUUGGGAAGCACAAAGGAAGAGGACACAUUUCUCGACAGUGUUGGGUGGACUUGAGAACACCAACCUCAUCCCACAGAAUGGCCCCGAGAACCAUCUGGGAAUGGAAUUGCUGGCUCUCCUGGAAGCUGGGGCAGAACUGCUGUGCUGGCUGCUCACCUCCCAGGGGAGAGGGGGGUUCUGAAAGCAAGUAAGGCCUCAGCAUCUGCAGCCCCCAGAUUCCCCUCCUCUACAUGGGCAAGUUUUGCUUCCCAAGUUUUGUCCUGGGAGGGUGCAGGGAGGACUUGCUAACUCUGACUGGGGUGUAAGUUUUGUGUGUGUGUGUGUGUGUGUGUGUGUGUGUGUGUGUAAUCUCAUCUCUGCUUAUCCUUGACACUUCCCUAACAGCUUCUCGUAAGAGUGUGCAAGGGAGUGUCCAUUUCCCCUUCUAGGGCCAUUAAAAGUGGCUGUCAGCACGUAUGAUCCAGCUGUCCUGGACUGGGGCCACUGCCUGUUACUAAACGUGCCUAUACUUGAGCCAGAAUCCAACACACACGAUGGGUCAGACCCGUCUAAGUUCCACACACGCAUAUGUAGACACAGGAGCAUUUUACAUUCUAGUUGGCUUAUGCCAGUGAAGCCAUGUGCAGCCAGCCAGUCCUUUACAAUUACAUAUGGACAAGAGCGUGUAUGGGAAUGGGGGUAUAUAUACCCAAACUGGCCAUCCUUCCCUUGAGGAGGUGGGUUCAGCUUUCUGCAGGGCAGUCCACUCUCAGAGAGUGGACCUUGGAGGUGGAGUUGUGGGAUGGGGUUCUGUGGUGUUCUUAGAAAGGGACUUUCAUUCUUCAGUUAGUGUAACCAAUGUGAACGAAUUGCCUGCCAGCCUGCCUGGUACUGAUCAAACCAUCUCCUGAAGAUAAGGGGGGCGGGGAGAGGGGCGCAGGAGAAAAGUCCUUGGGUGCAAGUCAGCAGAUCUGGGUCUGACACCAGACCCUGCCACUUGGUUAUGCGUACCCUUGGGCCAAUCAUUUCUCCCGUCUAGGUUCCAAUUCCUACAUUCAUUGAAACGAGAACCAGUUACAUCAGAAUUACCUGGGGGUGAUUUAUAUAGAGAUUCUCGGGUGUUCCCACGUCGCUGGGGAUGGGAAACCUGGAAUCUGGAAUUUUAAUAAGCACCCAGAACCAGUGCUGUGGUAAACUAGACGAUGAUCUCACGGCCUCUUUGACUAGAUGGCCUACGCGCAGAGCCCAUCCUGACCCCCCGAGCUUUUGCUCUGGUUUAAUUAGGCGCAUGCGCGCCGGAGGAGCAACCGUGCCCAGCUGGCCCCGCCCCCCCAACCGCCGCAGGGGUGCGCAUGCGCCGUCCACGGGAGCGCAGGGUGAACCCGUGAGGGUCGGUGGAGGCAGAGCGGCGCCCUCCCGCGGUCAGCCUGGAGAGCCCUUGAAGUGUCUGGCGACCUCUACGGAGGUCAGCCGGGCGGUCGGCAACUUCCGUGGCCGCUGUCCGGGUUUUGCAAGCCGGGCCGCGGUUUUCUGAGCCGGUGUUUACCCGGGCUUUUCUGAUCUCCACUCGGCCGCUUUCACGUGAUCUUUGGUGACUUCGCCGAGGCCAGGGGUGCACCUGUCUUCACCUGCGACGGAGUGGAAAACAUCUCCAUCCCAUUUUGCCUCGAAAAGUCUAGCCUUCCUCCACAGAGGGAGAAACUGAGGCCCGGGAAGUGAAGGGACACCCAGCUCCACCACGCGGCUGAGUACGACACAGUUUCAGUCUUUUAUCUGGCUUAGGAUCACAUUUAAAUGAUGUUCUAUAUUCACAUUACAUGGUGUGCCUUAA